AUGGCCCCAAAGUCGAACAAUCCCGUGGUGACGGGCUACUACCGGUGGACAGACAUAUGGUUUCAAUGGCCAUCAGCACUACCCAAUCGAGACGAUGAGAGAGCCUUAAAGGCUAUCCUAGCCCAUGACUCUAUCGUUCAUCCUGAUCAUCCUCUGCAUCCCGGUGAGGAGGGGAUAACAAUGUACAUGGGGACAUUCCCCAGUGGUGAAUCCCGGCUUCUCAUGUCAUCAGCCCAAAUCGAUUAUUGUAGAUACUGGCUUCAUGCCGUGGGGAAGACGACACAAAUGAUAGCACUUCCAUACUCCGAUUGUCUUUUGACACCAUCUAAUCUGACGAGCAUAUCGGCUAAGCUCGUCAAGACUGGAUGGGAUCUGAAAAACAUUGUUAAGAAAAUCGAGAAAAGCAACAAGAAGCUCAAGGGAAAGACACCCGGUCUCGGGCGCAGACUCCAAUUAUUUGAUCUCAUACGAACUUUCUGGGCGGCGAAGAAAGGCGUUUGGUGUGCAAUUGAUAUCGAGGCUUGGGAGAAGUCGCACGACGUGAUCACAGAACUUGGCUAUAGCUUCGUCCACUGGGAGAACGGCGAAGAAGUCGCUGAAUAUGCUCACCUCAUCAUCGAGGAGCACAAGAUGUAUACCAACUCCGUCUAUGUCCAAGGCAAUCGCGAUCACUACAACUUCGGAAAGAGCGAGGUAUUGAACAAGAAGAAUUUCAAGAAACGCGUUCACGGAUUGUUUGACAUGAUGCUCGAACAAGGCCCCGUAUUCCUGGUCUUCCACGAUCAUGGACAAGAUGUCAAAUACCUUGAGAGCCGCGAUAUCGAGGCCCCUGUGAGGCUAGGGACCCAUAUCCUCCCAGACAACCUCCCUGAGGAUGGCAUCUUCUACGUAGACACAUCCGAUCUGUUCGGAGCAUUGGUCAACAACGGAGAGCAGAAGAAGUCCUUGAGCGAGUGUUGCCGCCUUCUGGGCAUUCCAACCCGAUUCCUCCACAACGCGGGCAACGACGCCCACUACACGAUGCUUGCCUUCAAGUCAAUGGCAUCGGGUGCAGACUUAGAGGCACAAAGAGAGCAACGAUGGCCCAAACAGGCUGCUAAAUUUGCUGCGACCAAUGACCCUGAAAUAGAGUUCCAUCCAUGGGAUGAAGAUAGCGAUUACGAAGACAUGGAGGGUUUAUUUCCAGCGCCACCCGCGUAUGAUAGGGCGACAGGCCUGCUGAACACCGCAGAAGAAUAG